GAUGAUCGACAGGUGGUGUUUAGUAACGAAAGCGAGACUUGUCAAGACAGGACGGCCGCUUUCUUUUACUCAUUUUUCCAGAACGCGGUACAGAUACAUCUACGGGCAUAGGAUCAAAUUUCAAGAAAACAGUGGAUGAAUUCUGACUUAACAUUAAAAUUCAAGGAUAUUGGCAAAGGGAUUGCUUCAUUUUAUGCGUAAUGGCAGAAGGAGGCAAGAAGAGCACAUCAGAUUUGCGAGUGGUGAUCUGUGGGGGAGGAAUUAUUGGGGUUUCCAUUGCCUACUAUCUGGCUGAGAAGGGAGUAGCAGCCACCAUUAUUGAGAGGAGAUCAGUGGCAUGUGCGGCCUCUGGAAGAGCUGGAGGAUUUUUGGCUAAGAAUUGGUGUGAUCAUAAUGAGCUCGGCCAUUUGGCAAGAAAAAGCUUUGAGAUGCACAAGGAGCUGGCAGAGAAGUUUGGUGCUAGUAAGAUAGACUACAGGCUGCUGGACACCUUUCAAGUGGACUCCCUGGAGGGAUUCCAUAGUGACUCGGAUAGUGGCAAGCCAGACUGGAUAGAUGGGUGUGUCACCAGUGUGGCCACAUUGGGGAAUACCUCUACUACAGCACAGGUUCAUCCCUACAAAUUAACACAUGCUAUGUUAGAAGAGGCCCAAAAGAAGGGAGUAAAAUUGAUCAAGGGAGCUGUUGAAGGAAUCAAGUCAACACAUGAUAAACGUCCCAAAGUCCAGGGGGUAAAAAUUGCUGACCAAGAAGAGCCUAUCCCAUGUGACAUUGUUGUCAUAGCGAUGGGACCAUGGUCCCAUAUGGCCAGUCAGUGGUUUGCCCGGCUGCCUAAGGUGAAAGGCCAUAGAGCCCACAGCAUAAUGGUGAAACCCCCUACCCCCUUCCCAGCACACGCCUGCUUCAUAGAGCAUCGCUUGAAAAACGGGAUCACCAGAUCACCUGAGAUUUAUUGUCGUCCUGAUGGGGAAGUGUACAUCUGUGGCUUAGGCGAUGACCCAGAGCUUCCUGAUAACCCAGAAGAUGUUAAACCAGACCCAGAGACUGGAGAAAAACUGCUAGGGAUAGUGGGUGAGAUUUCGACGAAACUCGGCCAAGCUGAUAUCCAGAGGAAGUCUGCGUGCUUCUAUCCAGUGUCACCAGAUGGCACCCCGCUCAUUGGGAAGAUUACGACUGCUGAGGGAGCAUACAUUGCUACUGGACAUAGUUGCUGGGGUAUACUAAAUGCUCCUGUUACUGGUGCUGCCAUGGCAGAGUUGAUUGUUGAUGGGCAGGCAUCAAUUGUUGAUCUUAAAGAGUUUAGCCCAAAGAGGUUUUGGGAAAUGGGGUGGUAUUAGUUUAUAGCUUAUAGUAUAGAACACAUCUACUGUAUAUCCUCUUGCAUUUGUUAACUGAGCUUUCUUAGUAAACAGGACUGCAAAUGCCAUUUAUUAAUGGUCUUUGGUGGUGCCAUGGGGAUAGAAGCCCCGGGCCUAUUCUGGAGACCAGCACUAUGGCACUUUAUUCACUGGGUUGGUAUUUGUUUAUUUAUGUUUAUUUUCAUUAAUUAUGCAUAUGGUGUUCUAUGCAGAAAGUUUCAAGUUUGUUUAGUUAUAGGUAAUAAUUUUGUAUUAUUAUUAUUUAUAUUGUUUUUUAUUAUUUGUUAGAUAUUAAUUUUAUACUUAUUUGCUGAACACUGCUCAUU